AAAGAAACUCGCAAAUGAAGCCGUCUAUCCUCUUCACGCUCCUCUCCCUCCUGCUCUUCGCCACCGUCUUCGCCCAGGAAGGACGGUGUGGCCCCGGCAGACCGAGAUACCGCACUUUCCGACUGCGUGCCGACACUCGCGCUCCAGCGCCUAUCAAUACCUGGGGCUAUCUCGAUUGGCGUCUCGGGUGGUUUGCUACGCCCGGGCGCAACUACCGCGGGUACAUUGAGCCGUACGGGAACCGCACCGAUCCCUCGCAGGCGGGAUGGGGAAAACUCCACGAUGCUUCCGCGCCAGAAAAUAUUCUUUGGUUCCGUCCCACUCACGGAAGUCCGAUGUACUACGUCUUCAGCAGCGACCCACAGACCGACACAAUCCCGGCAUUGACCUUGUGGGAUAGCUUUGCUGUCAUCCGCGGUGCUGACGGUCGGAACUGGCUGGGAUAUGGGCAGUCUACUGGUAGUUGGAUGGGCUGUAGGAGCGGCGAUAAUUGGAGUUUGUAUUGGGGCCCGCAAGUGGGUCCACCGCAGUGUUCGAUAAUCUUCGGCCUCGAAGUUAUCUACGACCGCCGCACUGUUUGUGGUUGAUGACAGCUGGUAAGGAUCGGGCUACUUCUCUAACGAAUUAUGAUGAUGAAAGUUUUUUUUGUACUGUCUUUGGAGGAUCAAUGCUGGUAUAUUACGAAGGAUGGCGGGGAAUCUACGGAAACACCAUAACAAAUUGUCUGAUCUGGCUCUUUCACAAUAAAUGUCUUUCGCAAUAUUUGUCACACGUGCUACCACCAUUCAAAUCUACACC